GGUCACCUUCCGCGGUGCGUGCGUACGCGGUCGUCUCCAUCCGACCCAACUCCAACUCCAACUCGUCUCCCCCGAUCAUCCAAAACCAGACCAAAAUAACAAAUCUCCCCCAUCGAUCCCAACUCCCCCACCCGAUCCCCUCGCUCGGCUGUUGCCUCCUCCUACCCGAAGCCGCGCCUUCCAACGAGAUUCCUCCCCUCCUCUCUCCAAUAACGCUAGCCGCCGCCGCCACCGCCACCGCCGCCGGCGACGAAUCCGCUGUUGUUGUUUUGCCUCGCAGGCGUUUUGAGUUUCGGUUGCCAGUGUAGCCAUGUCCAUGUUCAAUAGGAUCUUCGGGAAGCCCAAGGAGCAGGCCAACUCCAAUGCCUUGGCCACUCUCGACAAGUUAAAUGAGACUCUUGAUAUGCUGGAGAAGAAAGAAAAAGUGCUGGAGAAAAAGGCAGCCGCUGAGCUUGAGAGAGCCAAGGAAUUCUCAAAAGCAAAGAAUAAAAGAGCGGCUAUCCAAUCCUUGAAGAGGAAAAAACUUUAUGAGCAACAAAUUGAACAGCUGGGAAAUUUUCAGUUGAGAAUCCAUGAUCAGAUGAUCAUGUUAGAAGCAGCUAAAGCUACAACAGAGACUGUUGAUGCGUUGAGAACUGGAGCUGCAGCUAUGAAAGCAAUGCAAAAAGCAACAAACAUUGAUGAUGUCGACAAGACCAUGGAUGAAAUUAACGAACAGACUGAAAAUAUGAAACAAAUUCAAGAUGCUUUGUCAGCUCCUCUUGGAGCUUCUGCUGAUUUUGACGAGGAUGAACUGGAAGCGGAACUUGAAGAACUGGAAGGAGCAGAGUUGGAAUCUCAGCUUCUGGAGCCUGUUGCAGCUCCUCCGGUGCAUCCAGUGCAUGUCCCAGCCAACAAGCAACCAGCUCGCCCUGCUCCACAGAAAGCUACAGCUGAAGAUGAUGAGCUUGCUGCACUGCAAGCUGAAAUGGCAUUGUGAUCAGGUUUCCAAUGAAGAGGUGAAAUGUGUAUAUGAAUGGCGUUAUGCUACAAAGAUGAAAGCUGAGUCAGGCUUUAUUAUAUUUGCCAUGUGUGUAUAAUCUUGGUGGAUAUUUGGCAACCGAAGCAGAAAAAAGGCUGCUCCAGCCAGUGUUUGUUUCAGUGAUUUUGGGCUCGGUUCACAGACAAUUUAGUUAAUGUCGCCCGGUUAGCUCUAUGCUAACUAUUCAGGUGACCAACGUGCAUUGUUUGUCAUAGUAUUGUUCAUUUAACCAUAUUGUCUGGAGCCAUGUAAGAGUGUGGAACGUAUAAAGCCUCGGGGUUCACAUUUGAUGUCCCGGUUCGCAGCUAUUUCAACCUUUCAAGCAGCAUAUGUUUCCUUGUUGCA